AUGGGGACGGAAUGCCUGGUCGUUCCUCCCCUUCUCUCCUCCUUCGUGGACGCCUUCGUGGACUUCUCCGUAGGCGGUAUCUUCUUCCCUCUUUCGGAGGAGCUCCGAUCGAUCCCCGAUCCUGAAGGUGGAGCGCCUCCGGCGCCGGCGACGCUGUUCCCCUCGCCGGCGCGGCUCGUCGCCAUCGGGGAUCUCCAUGGCGACCUGCACAAGGCCAAGCAGGCUUUCUCACUCGCCGGCCUCGUGGACUCGCAAGAGGGAAGGUGGAAGGGGGGAUCUUCUGUGGCUGUUCAGGUCGGCGACGUGCUGGACCGUGGAGGGGAGGAGAUCAGGCUGAUGUACCUCCUGCAUCGCCUCAAGAUCGAGGCAUCUCGCGCCGGCGGAGCCCUCCACAUUAUCAACGGUAACCACGAGGUCAUGAACGUGGCUCUGGACUUCCGUUUCGCGACUCCGGCGGGAAUUGCGGAGUUUGAGCGUUGGGGCGUUUGGUACCGGGUCGGGAUGGCGAUGAAACGGCUCUGCGAUGGCGUGGAAAGUCCGAAAGAUCCGUUCGAAGGGAUUCCAAGCGUCUUUCCAGAUGUGAAAGAGGAGUUCUUGGAGGGCAUCAGGGCGCGUAUUGCGGCACUGCGUCCCGAUGGCCCGAUCUCCAGGCGAUUUUUAGCUGGAAACCAGACGGUCGUUGUCGUCGGGGACUCGGUUUUCGUCCACGGAGGACUUCUGCGGGACCAUGUGGAGUACGGACUCGAGAGAUUAAAUGAUGAGGUGAGGGACUGGAUUGAGGGGUCAACAAGUUCGAUGCCACGUCACUUGAAGGGGCGAGAUUCCCUGGUGUGGCUGCGUAGAUUCUCCGAUGGCCCAGACUGCGACUGUACACAUCUGGAGGAGGUUCUAUCGACUAUUCCAGGGGCUAAACGGAUGGUGAUGGGACACACAAUCCAACAAAGGAUCAAUGGAGUUUGCGAGAACCGUGCAAUCAGAGUGGAUGUCGGACUCUCAAAGGGCUGUACCAAUGGAUUGCCCGAAGUCCUGGAGAUCGUAGAGGGGAAGCAGUUGAGGGUGUUGACCUCAAACGAGGUGUUCCGGCACAAGAAUACCUACGAGUCGUCUGUGAGGUUGAAGAAAGAAAUUGUUAAGUUUCCAGAAAGUAUGAUUAAAGAUGUUGAAGUGAAAGCUUAA